UGGUCACACUGCUGGCCAGCUGAUCGCCCGCGUGCAGAUUUCUAGACUUUAUUUUCCUUAUUUGGCUGUUGUUGUUUUGGGCCGCCGGUACCGCUUAGCUUUCUGUCUCCUUCUUUCUCUGUCUUUCUCUCUCGCUCCCACCAACGGCACCGCCAUGGGCAAGAACACGAAGCGCAACAAGAAGACAAAACAGCCACAGCAGCCGCCACAACAAAACGGAGUAACUGCAUCCGCAUCCGGCACAGCAGUCGAGGAUUUUGAGGACCAACAGGCGGCCAGUUUGUUGCCCCGCUUAAACGGCAAAAAAAGGAGCCAACUGAACAAGCUCGUCGAGGAACUGCUUAACUUGGUGGAAAAGCAACCGGCGAAUCCCAACGAGGAAUGGAAGCAGUACGAACAGCUGCAGCGACUGCUCCAACAAAUCAUGAUCCUGGAGGAGCCACUCAGCCAAACAGUGUGUCCGCAGAUCAGCGAUUCCCCCGACGAUCAGACCCGUCUGGCGAAAGUGGAGGCUUUCAGUGCGUGGGCCAAAGAUGGCGGAGUCCACAGUGAGGGACUGGAGAUAGCCAUCUUUCCCGGCUACCAAUUGGGUCUGCGGUCCACCCGACCGUUGGCCAAGGAUGAGCUGGUGCUCAGCGUGCCCCGAAAGCUCAUCUUCUCCGAGGAAAGCAACUCCGAUUGCCGCCUAUUUGGCAAAAUGACGCAGGCCACCCACUUGAACCUGGCCUAUGAUCUGGUCAUCGAGAAGAUCCGUGGCGAGUUCAGCGAGUGGCGGACCUAUAUUGAUGUUUUGCCCGCCAAAUACAGCACCGUGCUAUACUUCACCACCAAGCAGAUGGAGCUCCUCCGGGGCACCGCUGCCGCCUCUCUGGCACUGCGUCAGUGUCGCGUCAUCGCCAAGCAGUACGCCUUCCUCUACAGGUACGCCCACACCAUGACCGAGCCGAGCACCGGGAACAGGAGCCAUCCGGGCGAAAGAGGCCUCUUCUUCACGCAGCACGGACUAUGCUACGAGCUCUACAGAUGGGCCGUUUCCACAGUGAUGACCCGGCAGAAUUUAGUGCCCAGCGAAAAACAAGAAUCAGAGGACACUCCAAAAUUAAUCUCGGCUUUGAUUCCGUACUGGGAUAUGGCGAACCAUAGGCAGGGCAAGAUUACCUCCUUCUAUGCCGCCGUGCCCAGGCAACUGGAAUGCACCGCUCAGGAAGCUGUUGAUGCUGGAGAGCAGUUUUUCAUCUACUAUGGCGAUCGGUCGAAUACCGAUCUUUUAGUGCACAAUGGUUUUGUAGACGAUUACAACCUCAAGGACUAUGUUAAUAUUCGAGUAGGCCUGAGUCUCACGGACGCUCUUGCUGCGAAGAGGGCUAGCAUUCUGGACAAGCUGAACAUCCGCCACACCGCGGAGCUGCGUGUGCUGCCCGCACCGGAUUUCAUUUCCAAGGAAUUGCUGGCAUUCGUCCGGGUUUUCAAGAUGAGCGCCGAGCAGUUGGAUCACUGGUGCAGCGACUUGGAGCGGGCCGGGGACCUGCUGCACAUUGACUGCGCCCUGGAGACGGAUCACGAGACACGAACGUGGCAGUUCCUGGAGGACAGGUUGAAGCUGCUCCUGGCCGUCUUUAAUAAGGAAAUGCAGGAGGCCAAUGAAGUGAAGGAGCUGGAACUCAAGGAUGGCCAGGAGAUCGAACUCAUGCUCUUCCUGUAUCGCCGUUUAGAGCGAAGCAUUCUCGCCGGAGCUUUACAAUACGCCCAGGAGCAUCGCAAGGUCUAGGGAUUUAAGCAGACAACCAACAAUAUUCGAGUGGCCAUCGAAAGCGACAUCAAUAACUCAGUCUAGCAUUAGCAAUUAGCUAUCUAUUUUUUUUUUUUUACCAUUACUUAACUUAUUUUAACUGAAAGUUUUAGUCGACAGUUUUUGAAGUUGGAUACCAAAAUAACUUUUAAUUCUACAACGAUGGAUUUGUUGUACAUUGAGUCACGGAAUAAUCUGCUAGAUUUUAAACUCGUGUUCGUCUAGUGUCCUACGCGCAUUCUAGAAUAUAGCGUUUUAUUGUUUUAUGUUUGUUUAUUUUAUUAAUUACAAUCAUGACAGUUUUAGUAUUUUGGAAUUAAAAAUGAAGUCAAACAGCA